UUUACUACCAUUCCCCCGCAAGCUUCGCUGUCCUGUGUGGUUAAGGAGAGUUUUGUCAGGGGAGAAAGACGCUACAUGUGCUUGUUGCACAGGACUCCAAAGGAAGCUCCUUUACUCACUUGUGUGCAGGGGAUUUCAAGGAUUUAACUCGGCGCAACAAGUGCCUUCAGCAGAUAUCGUUAAUGUCAUUCCUCAACCUAUGGACUACAGACGCACCAUGUACACAGCGUAGCCUGUGGCAGAAAUCUGAAAGAAGACAAAGAUGUGAAUUGGUUCGUCUUCUGUGUAAACAACAUAUUCCAUCUCCUUGAAGGAUCGCCGAUCUCGAUCUGCUCCAUUUCACGUAAAACAGAACAAUAGCCUUGUACAACAACUGCCCUGCUUUGCCACAAUUGGUAGCAUUUAGAUUUUUUUUUUCUGACAAAGAAGAAAAAAGGUGUCUCAAAAGGCUCGAAUGCAUUUGUCAAUGGAUACUCUGGGAAUAGUGGACGAUAGCUGCCUGGACAAUUAUGACAUUGCAAAAGGUGCUGGUUCAAGCAUUGGAGGCCGGGUCCACAGCAUUGAUGUUAUACUGGGAUUCACUAAGGAUCAGGACCCUUUGCUCCAUCCUGAAGGGGAUGAUGACAACCUAAAAGCCAACGGAGAAGGCGCACAGCACCCGGAGAAGCAGGUCCCGUCUGCUCCUUAUGGGCACCUAUCAGAAUUGGGCGACAGCUCCCAACAUUCUUCGUACCAUGAAUCGGACCUAUUCUGCGGAGACAAGUGUGAUGAAGAAAUGAGUAACCUGCAGAAGGAAGUGGACGCUGCCGAGGACUCUCCAGAGGCCGUUACAGAGGAGGAGCACACCAAAAAAAAACACAGGCGAAACCGCACCACCUUCACCACCUAUCAACUGCACGAGCUGGAGCGAGCAUUCGAGAAGUCCCACUACCCGGACGUCUACAGCCGCGAGGAGCUGGCAAUGAAAGUGAACCUGCCAGAGGUUCGUGUUCAGGUGUGGUUCCAGAACCGAAGAGCCAAGUGGCGACGUCAGGAGAAGAUGGACACCAGCACCAUGAAGCUCCAUGAUUCCCCCAUGUUAUCCUUCAACCGUCCUCCGAUGCCUCCUAACAUGGGGCCAGUUGCCACCACCAUGCCCCUCGACCCCUGGAUGACCUCGCCCAUCUCCAGCGCAACACCCAUGCACUCCAUUCCAGGGUUCAUGGGUUCAGCGCAGGGCAUGCAGCCAGGCUAUCCCAACCACGGCUACCUCAACACCCCACCUGGCAUGGUGCAGGGCAUGCAGUCCAUGGGCCCCCCUGCAUACCAGUGCCCACCCAGCUUCAACGAGAAAUACCCGAUGGAGGACGACAGGAGUUCCAGCAUCGCAGCGCUGAGGAUGAAGGCCAAAGAGCACAUUCAGUCGAUGGAUAAAACCUGGCAGCACAUGUGAUCCGAUGAGUGGAGGGAUUGUUGAGCUGCUCCCAUGAAUGUUUACAAAAUGUUUUUCCACUGUUUGUUUUUUGUGAACCCAUGACACAUGGCAAGAUGUCAGUGGGGUUUUUUGACCGGCGCUUGAAAAUAAACUCCUUGUGUUGUAAAAAGAAUUACUUUAAUUAUUUUAACCCCGAUGAAAGAUGAUGAAAUCUCUGAGGAGAAUUUAUUUUGGUUGAGCUCAAAAGGUUGUGGGAUAUAAACUCUUGUUUAGAGAAAAUCCUGCAGAUUUUUGAACACUCUUGUGUCUACAAUAAUUUAAUUUAUAAAUAUACGAGAGGCUGAAGAGCAACGCUGCAACGUUUUGCAGUCUUAAAUCAUUUUAUUGAAAUUAUUAUUGCACUGUCUACAGUGCAAGACUCCCCUGAGGUGACGAUAUCUUUCUCGAGUUUAAUAAACACAAUGCUGUGCUUCGGGCAUUUGCCGUUAUCUGUAUUGUCAGAACUAGACAAUGCUAGUAUACGUUUGUUUCAUACCGUUGUCUGUUUUGUUGUUGUUUUUGUCUUUGUAAAGCUAAUGUAUUGUUUUUUCCUGGACAGUGUAAUUAUUGUCCAGAGUUUUCUAGUGUAUCUUUUUAGGUUCUUUGUAAAAUAGCACAAAUGUUUAUUUAAAAAAAACACUUCUCCGGACUAAAUGUAAGUUUAAUUUGGUUCAAAAGUGAUAUGUGUCUUAUCUAAAUCAUAAACUGGCCUUUUGGGGAGCAUUGAGCCCUGAUGAUGGAGGUUAUCGGAAGUCACAAAGCGUAAUCUCGCUCGGAGGCUAAUUUAAACAGACAAGCAUACCUCUUAACACCUAAUUACUGCUUUUAAAGCGAUUAACCCCGGAUUCUCAGCCACAGACAGAAUGGCCUCAGAUGCCCCUCAAAAAUCCUUUUCAAGACCCGCUUAACUUUGCCCCUCCCUCAAGCUUGAACAUUUAUAUUAUUUCUCAUUUACAUACAUGGCUCAUAUCAAUGUUGCAUUUUAUGAAGCGCUCUCUUAAUCUUGGUACAAGAUGCUCCUCAUUGCGCUGUUGACUAAAUAUUGAUUAAAGCCAGGUGGAUUAGGAGUAAGCAAGUUAAUGGGUGCUGGCAACCUCUCCAACCCUGGGAAGUAGCACAGUUUGAUGGAGCAAAUUACAUUUUUCUGAGACGUAUGUGUUUAUGUGGUGUGUGUGUGUGUGUGUGUGUGUGUGUGUGUGUGUGCGUGUGUGCGUGUGUGCGUGUGUGCGUGUGUGUGUGUGUGUGGAUUCAAAUUAUAGAGAAGGGUACUCGCCCAGUUUUCAUAUUAACAUUUUCUCACUGGCUCCUGAAACACAAACAUUGGAUCUAAUGGAAUCAAGGGAAGAGUAUCUUGUGGUGAAUUUUACUCAUGCUUUACAAUAUCUUACAAAUGAAUGUUUUACUAAGGUUGUGUUAUUAUUCUUUACUUAAAAAUCGUACUUAGUACUGUGGCAAUGCCUUGAGGGGAGUGUGUCUGUCAAUAGAAGUCCCUUGUGGCAUAAUAAAUAAAUCAGAUUAACUGUGUAUCAUGGCCUUUAGAAAUGACAGCAUCAACGCUGUCACUUUUAUAGUUUCUUUUGUUUAUACUGCUACGAUCCCUGUAAACAACAGUGGACUAAAAAGCCAAAGAUAUCUAACAGAACUAGAAAAUGUACAAAUAUGUGGGCAUGUUUGUUGUAUUAACUUUUUUUUUUUAAACAAUUCAAAUGGAAUAACAGAAUAAAGUUACAGCAGCACCACUGUAGAAGCACCUUGA